GACUUGCGAGAACAAAUGAUGAACAGCAGCAUGAGCUCUGGGUCUGGGUCCCUCCCAACAAGUGAGAAGAGGUCUUUGUAUGUCAGGGCCCCGUUUGAUUAUGAUGGAACUCGGGACAGCUGCCUGCCAAGCCAGGGCCUCAGCUUCUCCUAUGGUGACAUUCUGCACGUCAUUAAUGCAUCUGAUGAUGAGUGGUGGCAGGCGAGACUGGUGACCCCGCAUGGAGAAAGCGAGCAAAUCGGUGUGAUCCCCAGUAAGAAGAGGGUGGAAAAAAAAAGGGAAAGAGCUCGAUUGAAAACCGUGAAGUUCCAUGCCAGGACGGGGAUGAUUGAGUCUAACAGGUCGAUCAAAACAAAACGUAAAAAGAGUUUCCACCUCUCUCGAAAGUUUCCAUUUUACAAGAGCAAAGAAAAUAUGGCCCAGGAGAGCAGCAUACAGGAACAGGGAGUGACAUCCAACACCAGUGACAGCGAAAGCAGUUCCAAAGGACAAGAGGGUGCAAUCUUGUCAUAUGAGCCAGUGACACGGCAGGAAAUUCACUAUGCAAGGCCUGUGAUCAUCCUGGGCCCAAUGAAGGACAGAGUCAACGAUGACCUGAUCUCGGAGUUCCCGCGUAAAUUUGGAUCCCGUGUGCCACAUACCACUCGGCCUCGGCGUGAUAAUGAGGUGGAUGGACAAGACCACCGCUUUGUGGUCUCCCAAGAACAGAUGGAGAAGGAUAUUCAGGACGACAAGUUCAUUGAAGCAGGCCAAUUUAAUGAUAAUCUCUAUGGGACCAGCAUCCAGUCAGGGGGCAAGCACUGCAUCUUAGAUGUUUCCGGCAAUGCUAUCAAGAGGCUGCAGCAAGCACAGCUUUACCCCACUGUCAUUUUCAUCAAGCCCAAGUCCGUUGAAGCACUUAUGGAAAGGAACCGAUGGCAGACAUACGAACAAGCAAAUAAGAUCUAUGGCAAAGCCAUGAAACUGGAGCAGGAGUUUGGAGAAUACUUCACAGCCAUUGUACAGGGUGACUCACUGGAAGAGAUUUACAACAAGAUCAAACAAAUCAUCGAGGACCAGUCUGGGCACUACAUUUGGGUCCCAUCCCCUGAAAAACUCUGAAGAACCCCCACCAAGCACUCUCUUGUGAACAGAA